CUCAAGUCUGAUAAAAAGAAAAAAGAAAUCAUCCGAACUUAAAUCCCCAAUAAUCACGUGAGGUCGUGAUUUGCGACAGUUCUCCAGCGGUCCGCUUUUUGGUCUGCCACCAAUCGGAAGGCUACGAAAUAGUGCCAGGUCCGCAUGCCGCUAGUGCCACGGUGAAGCCAUGUCGCGGCGAUGAGAUGGAUGUCAUGCCAAAAGUUCCGACCUCGUAGUCCUGUCGCAUACCCGACCUAGCUCCAUCAGCUAUCAAGAUCAAAAUGCCCAGCUCAUGUAAAGAAAUAAGAGCUGCCCUGGCGCAAUGCCUCCAGGAAUCUGAAUGCGUCAUGGUCCAGCGUCACACGGCCGCCGAAUGUCUACGGUCACCGCUUGCCGAGACGCUCCCCACAAAGUGCCAGCAGCUCAAGAAGGGCUUCGGUGACUGCCGCCGCGGUAUGAUCGACAUGCGCCUGAGAUUCCGGGGCAACAUGCCCGUCACAUUUAAGCAGCUUGAGGAUACGGAGGAUGACGGCAAGGGAUAUCAGCUGUACGCGGGGCGGAGUGCGUUUGCGAGUGGUGUCAAGAGGACCGACGGGAACGAGAAGGAGCCCGAGGACUGGAGGGAGGCCGAGAACCGCAAGUACAGGGAGGAGCAGAAACAGAAGCUCGAGGGGUUCCAAAAGAAGUGAUAAUCGAGGCAGCGUAGGGCCUACCUUAUGGGUUUAGGAGGGACUAGCCUCAAACCAUGAGAAACACCGGCCAAGUGUACGACCAGGAACGAUUUACAUGUGCUAUUACAACAUACUCGCCGUCGAAGGCAUUCCCUUCUCCAAUGGUAAACCCGAUUUCUAAGCCACAAAUAUCUCAAGACAUGCGUUUAUCUAGGGCUUGCUGGUGUACAUCAGAGUGCAUCAGAGUGCAUCAGAGCCCUUGAAUGGUCACAUUAGACCAAGUACCUCAUGAGAUGCGGCGUCAAUAUCCAGCGGUUCCGCGAAGAUCAUAGGCCUCCCUCCACUAGACGUCUAGCCUGAUCAUUACUGG